UACCCCAAACCAAACUCAAGUCACUUGCUUACUUUUUAAUCUCUGAUCCGAACGAAGUAACGAACCAACAAUAAGUCAAUCACCCUGUCUCUCCUAAGCCCCCAAAACACAGUCCCAAAUCGAACAAAAUCAACUAACUAAACCCUCCAACGUUGUUAUUAUGCAGACAACAACAAGUUCCAACACCGCCGCCACCACGUUCCGUUCCGGCAUGGAGCUCUUCCACCGCGCGAAGGCGGUGCGCCUCCGCAGCCACCACGACAAAUACCUCCUGGCCGACGAGGACGAGGAGUCCGUCACGCAGGACCGCAACGGAUCCUCCCGCAACGCCAAGUGGACGGUGGAGCUCAUUCCGGAGUUCGACAACAUCAUCAGACUCAAGAGCUGUUACGGAAAAUACCUGACGGCGUCCAACCAGCCGCUGCUCCUCGGCGUCACGGGCCGCAAGGUGGUGCAGAGCGUGCCUCGGCGGCUCGACUCCUCCGUCGAGUGGGAGCCCGUUCGCGACGGCGCGCAGGUCAAGCUCAAGACCCGUUACGGGAACUUUCUCAGAGCCAACGGGGGGGUUCCACCUUGGAGGAACUCCGUGACGCACGAUAUCCCGCAUAGGACCACUACACAGGAUUGGAUCCUCUGGGAUGUGGAUGUUCUCGAGAUUCAUGUGGUGUCCCCUGCUCCGCCUCCGAUUCCGCAUUCCGAUUCGCUUGAUUUUGAGUCCAAUACUCCUUCUGCUGUUAACAUCAAAUCUACCACCUUCUCCAGACAAGAGUCGACAGAUUCGAAUGUGAGUUCGCCGCCAAAGGUGGAGGGGAGGACUAUAUACUACCAUGUUGCAGAAGAUAAUGGGGAUGUGGAUGAUGAGAAUGUGCAGGGUUAUUCUUUGAAUUUCAAAGGGAAUGGGGUUGAGCAGUUGGCUCGGAAGUUUGAGGAAGAAACGGGACUUGAGGGAGUUAUUGUGUGCACUCGAAGUCCUUUGAAUGGAAAACUCUACCCUCUUCGCUUGCAGCUUCCUCCAAACAAUGUCACCAUGCAGGUUGUUUUGGUUCUUUCCUCGUCUAAAGUGGCAAGAGAAUUUGAGGAGCAAGGUAUACUAUGACAAGUUAGAUUAUUGUUGGAGUCUUGAAUUGUAUCUACUGAAAUGCAAGGCCUAUGUACCACCUUGUGAUUCAAGCGUGUUUCGAAUUUUAUGUGAUAACAUUUAAGAAUAUGUUGCAAAGUUCCACCUGUUUCUAGUGAUCCAUUGCAUUUAUAAGGCAGAAUUCAUCAAGGUCCAAUGGCGAUACCUUAAAGUUUCCCUGGUAAGGGUCGUAUCAGCAAUAUCCUCUAUUAAGUGGCGUUGAAGGGUUGUAAAUGAUUCUGAUGGAGAUGGAAGUCUUUGUUGGACUUCCUAUUUAUUAGCGCUGUAGCUUUAAUCCUGUAUCAUGUGGAUUCAGAUAUUUGUUGUUUCUUGCUCUUUUUGGUAUUUUUCUGUUUUUCAUGUUUUUUUAAGAUGUAUCAUUUGUAUAGACAACUUUUAUCAGAAAAGUAGAGGUAUAUUUUUUCAGUCAUAUAUAACUUUAAGGAAUUUGAAGCAUUUUUUAAUCAGAUAUAAUUUUUGCCUCA